AUGGCGCCCGCUCCUUUGUCGCUCUUUCCCGCACCCUCGACUUCAUCAGGACUGCCGCGUAAGACCAGCUUGAGGAGGAAUAAGAGUCAGAAUACUCCCAACGCCAACGGCGAGGUCAAUCUCAAAGGCGUGGCUUUCCAAGUCGUCAAUUCUCCCAUAUCUUCCCACCAGGUUCAACCGCCGCCCGACCCUAUCAAACAUUCCUUAUUCUGUGAUCCUUAUAAUACACAAUCAAGAUCUCGAACACCCGAGCCUCGCUUGAUGACCAGCUCAGAUUCAUCACCGAAAGCUCCACUGCGACGUCAAUCGGCAACAAGGCGACGAUCGAACCCUCUAAUGCAAAGUCCUUCUUUCUAUGAGGAGACCUCCGCGACCGAAGAUCGAUUGGCUCCUCUACCUGUGAACACUCACUUCGGGUCUGGCUCGCCUAGCAAGAGAGGCCUAGUCUCGCAGCUCAAACGACCAAAUGUUCCGUUCAGCAUCCAACCCGAGAAGGCCAACACGCCCACCUCACCCACAUGCGAAGACGACCAACUAUCGCCGCUCCCAAGCAAGACCCAAUUUCAGUCCCCAAAGCAGUCUUCAGAAUCUCCCGCCAGCUUCUACUCGACUAGCUCACCACCUGGCAAGACAGCUUCGAGUCCGGCAUCAACAGUUUCGACGUCCAUGAGGUCCCUAUUCCCAGUCUACGACCCGAGCAGACCUCUCGACCGUCAGAGCUACUAUCCCAACCCAGACGCAGUAUCGCCUCCAAUUAGCGUCAGUGAAAGCUUCAGCAAGAUCUCCCGUCCCGUCGACAGAGCCCCUGUCAAACGGAAUGACUCCGCUCUGGGACUUGUGGACGGAUACGAGCACAUACAUGCCGCCGCGCAUUGCGACAUGGUCGCACUGUGGAAAGCGUCGCGAGACGAACAUCCCGUUGCCGGAAGAAAAGUCCAAUUGGGUCUCUACCAGCCUCCCGGAAACGGGAAAAGUCUAGCCAUCGGGACAUCGCCUCAAGACUUGAUCUAUUCCCUCACGAGGGACCACGACAUCGACGACUCUGGCCUUGCGCCCAAACAAUUCGCCAUCAAGAAACACUGUCCCAUCGCACCCGCCACUUCUUCCGUCGCUAAACUCUCCCUCCCUCAAUGGAAAUCGGACAAGCUUGGCAAAGAAAUCAACGAAUCUACCGCCAUUUUCCCACACGCCGCGGCUCUCGAUGCUAUUGAAGCCAUCGCCGAUUCCUCGGAAGCACAACACAUCGCCGCUUACGACCCUACCGCACAAUCCCAACAAGCAGCCCACCUCGCCCAAGACGCCGUCAACGAGGCCCAUCGAAGGUACAGCUGCAAUCUCAUCAAACGAGCCCGAACGCGGGAUACCCUCGGCGCCGUCACGGCAGCAUAUGCCCUCGUACAUCCCAUCAUCGGGACGUGUGCCGUCACGGUAUCCAAAUCUUUCUCUUCAACUGGAGGAGGAGGAGGGGGAGCAGGAGGAGGACCACGGGCGAAGAUUUCCCUCCAUCAUCCGAGUGCGACGCCGGCUGCGGUUGCUGCGGAUACGUUGAAUCUGGCUUUUAUUGAUUUCGCGCACGAUGCUUGUGUGAUUGAUUUGCCCGGUCUCCUGGCUUUGAAGAGUCACUACAUCCUCGAUACGGUCCUUUCCAGUCUUUUGGCGGUUGCGGUGCUCGAGAAUGAUAUCCUGAUGAGGGAGACGACGACGUUCGGACCGCCUCCGAGGGCUCCGGUGGGGAGGAAGCCGAGUUUUCGAGGGUCUGAGAUUGAGAAGGACAGGAAGAAGGAGAAGGGGAAGAAGGGGAAGAGAUUGGGGCUGAAGAAGAGGAGGGAAGUCACGGAGAUGGUGGAGUCUUCUCCUUGGCCCGAGGAGGAAUUGGGUGGGCUUGCGAAAGGCACGUUGGCGGUGAUGGAAUUGGGGUUCAAGGCGGCGGCUUGGGUGAUUGUGGGUGGGGUGAAGGUUGGGUUUAAAGUGGGAGGGAUGGGGGUCGAAGCGCUUGGGAAGGUGGCGAAGAAGGGGUGA